ACCGGGUCCCUUCCCAUGCGUCCUGCAGGUGUCGGGCUCCACCUCUUCUGCCAUAUCGGCGCCCUUGGCCUGGCGCGCUGGUGGUGGACUUCGCCCGCUGUGCCGACGCCGCCUGUCGUCGUCAGCGAGCGGCCUGCGCAUAGCCUCGCGGGCGCUUCGAGAUCGGAGCUCGGGACCGUGGUGCCGCUGGCGGACUGCCUCGCCGCGGCGCUCGAGGGGCACGGGGCUGCUCUGGUCUGCCCCUGCGCUUGUACCCCUGGCCUGGCCUGCAAGGCAGGCGAGGCGAGCUGGAGCUUCCCCCUGGGCGUCGGCGCGGUCGCCUUCCCGCUGCUGGAGGCGCUCAAGGCCACCGUUCGGUUGGCGACCAGCGCUGCGCGCUCGCUGUUGCCCGGGCGACGGCCGCUGGCAACGCUUGGCGAGGCGCCGACGGUCGACGCGGAGACGAGCGCCGAAUUGGAGAGGUUCGCCGCGGAGCAGGCCAGGGCGAGCACGGCGCGCAGCCACUCCAGUAUGCUUGGCAACGUCGCCGCCUGA